AUUUUAAUUUGGAUAAGAAAAAGAUAAAAGAGAAAUAAGGUGAGAAAAAGUGAGCCACACGAUGGAGUAUGGCGGAAGAAGCAUCGACCGAGUAAUUGAGACGCUCUGUUUCCAAUUACUACUCUCUCGAGCUCCUCCGCUCUGCAUUGUCGCCGAGAGUUCCUUUCUUGUCCGACAAACUACUUCUUCUCCUUCGAUAAGCCAAUUCUGCGCCAUAGAUUUUUGAAAUCUACUGCCGGAAAGGCUGCAUGCGAUUUCAACUCCCUUUUCCCGGGACAAUUCGCAGGAGGACGAUGAUGAAUUUGUAGCAUGAACUAUCGACGUCAUGAUUCUAGAAAUUUAUGUUGGAAUUAAAGGGCCCAAUGAGAAACAUACCCAACAAUUUAUGCUGUUGCUGAAAAGCUUUGCCAUCGCAUUGUGGAUUUCAGCUGUUUUUGCCUUGUCUUUAUCACAUUUGACGCCAUAGUACUAUUUGUGUGUAUUCUCGUAUUUUACAGUUUCUUUGUCCCUUUUGCAUUAGUUUCUGUGAAUUGAGAAAAGAAACACUCUGUUGCCUGCACUGUUGGGUUCUUUGGAGAUAGAAUUCUAACAUUGACAUUACAUUUUCAUGAAACAGCUUGUGAAGAAGAUCAAGAGGUGAACUCUGAGUGAUGAGUGAGCCAAAGGUCAGGCGUUGGGUUGGCAAAUAUGAGGUUGGAAGAUUGAUCGGUGAAUGUAAUUUUGGGAAACUGCGGAGUGCUGUUGACACAGAGACAGGAGACCCUGUGGCUUUGAUGAUCCUUGAUAAAGACAAGGUUCUGAAGCAUAAGAUGGCUGAACAAAUAAAGAGAGAAAUUUCUAUUAUGAAGCUGAUCAACCAUCCAAAUGUAGUGCAGCUUUAUGAGGUUUUGGCGAGCAAGGCGAAGAUAUAUAUUGUCCUAGAGUUCAUCAGUGGUGGAAAGCUUUUUGACAAGAUUAAAAAUGAUGGGCGCAUGAAUGAAGACGAAGCACAGAGAUAUUUCCAGCAGCUUAUCAAUGCAGUUGAUUACUGCCACAGCAGGGGAGUGUACCACAGAGACUUAAAGCCAGAAAAUUUGCUUCUUGAUGCGCAAGAGAAUUUGAAAGUCGCUGAAUUUGGAUUGAUUGCCUUGUCCCAACAAGCCGGGGGAGAUGGCCUUCGUCACACUGCAUGUGGAAAUCCAGAUUAUGCUGCUCCUGAGGUUCUUAAUGAUCAAGGCUAUGAUGGGGCAAAGGCAGACUUGUGGUCCUGUGGAGUGAUACUCUUUGUACUACUUGCUGGGUAUUUGCCUUUCGAGGAUUCUAGUCUCACGACGCUGUACAAAAAGAUCUCAUCUGCUGAUUUUAGUUGUCCUCCUUGGCUCUCUUCUGGUGUUAAGAAUUUGAUCGUCCGAAUCUUGGAUCCAAACCCUAUGACUCGUAUAACAAUUCCAGAGAUUUUGGAAGAUGUGUGGUUCAAGAAAGAUUACAAGCCAGCUGUAUUUGAAGAGAAGAAAGAAGCAAAUUUGGCUGAUGUGGAAGCUGUUUUCAAAGAUUCUGAAGAAGGGAGAGUGCAACUGAGGUCAUUUCCUUGUGUGAUAUGUUCAGGUGGUACUACUUGUGGUGAUGUUCGUUCAAGGACCAAACUGAUGAACGGCUUGAUAGAAAGAGGGAGGCCUCAAGAAGCUCAUUCCAUUUUCAACACACUUAUUGAGGAAGGCCACAAGCCAAGCCUCAUCACAUACACCACGCUUGUAACUGCAUUGACCCGUCAAAAGCACUUCCACUCUCUCCUCUCCCUCAUCUCCAAAGUCGAGAAAAACGGCCUUAAACCUGACACCAUUCUCUUCAACGCCAUCAUCAACGCCUCUUCCGAGUCUGGAAAUCUCGAUCAAGCAAUGAAGAUUUUCGAAAAAAUGAAGGAAAGUGGAUGUAAACCCACAGCAAGUACAUUUAAUACUCUCAUCAAAGGAUAUGGCAAAAUUGGUAAGCUGGAGGAAUCAUCAAGACUCCUGGAUAUGAUGUUACGGGAUGAGAUGCUCCAACCAAAUGACAGAACAUGUAACAUACUUGUCCAGGCUUGGUGUAACCAGAGGAAGAUUGAAGAAGCAUGGAACAUUGUAUAUAAGAUGCAAUCUUAUGGGGUAAAACCUGAUGUAGUUACGUUUAACACAUUGGCAAAAGCGUAUGCGCGGAUCGGGUCAACAUGUACAGCUGAGGAUAUGAUCAUACCAAGGAUGUUACACAAUAAAGUUAAACCGAAUGUACGUACCUGCGGUACCAUUGUGAAUGGCUACUGUGAAGAGGGCAAGAUGGAAGAAGCUUUGAGGUUUUUCUAUAGAAUGAAGGAACUUGGAGUUCAUCCUAAUCUGUUUGUUUUUAACUCUCUAAUCAAAGGCUUCCUUAACAUCAACGACAUGGAUGGAGUUGGUGAGGUGGUGGAUCUGAUGGAAGAAUUUGGAGUAAAACCUGAUGUGGUAACGUUUAGCACUCUAAUGAAUGCAUGGAGUUCUGUAGGAGAUAUGAAAAGAUGCGAAGAGAUCUAUACAGAUAUGUUGGAAGGAGGAAUAGAUCCUGAUAUUCAUGCAUUUAGUAUCCUUGCCAAAGGGUAUGCUCGAGCUGGGGAGCCCGAAAAAGCGGAGCAAAUCUUGAAUCAGAUGAGAAAAUUUGGUGUUCGCCCAAAUGUAGUGAUCUACACACAGAUCAUAAGCGGUUGGUGCAGUGCUGGUGAAAUGAAGAAAGCGAUGCAGGUAUAUAAGAAAAUGUGUGGAAUCGUUGGUUUAUCGCCUAACUUGACUACUUACGAGACUCUUAUAUGGGGAUUUGGGGAAGCGAAGCAGCCAUGGAAAGCAGAAGAGCUUCUGAAAGACAUGGAAGGGAAGAAUGUUGUUCCCACAAGGAAAACUAUGCAACUCAUAGCUGAUGGAUGGAAAUCUAUUGGUGUCUCUAAUAGUAAUGAUGCCAAUACAUUGGGCUCUUCCUUCUCAACUUCCUCUAAACUCAAUAUCCCAAAUAAUAUCGCCUCGUCGAGAAGUCCAUUGUUCUUAAAAGGAAUGCCUGAAAAACCAAAGCUAUGUAUCAAGUCUCAGUUUGGUUUGAGGCAGACUCUUUUGGUGGUGUUGUGCAGAGACCAGAUUGGGGAAGCCGGGAGAUUUUGUAAGUUCAUGUAGAAUUUGUUUUGCUGUAGAGAUGGAGCUAAAUUAAAGGGUAAGAAAAGCUGAUCAAAGAUUGGUGUCGAUCGAUUUUUAAGAUUUAUUUUUCUGUACAGAUAUACUUUUUCAGUUAAAUGAAAAAUAUGGUGUUUAACAAGCAAGACAAUGAGAUGGAUAAUGUUAGAUUGUAUUUUUUUGUUUCUUAAUCGAAAAGUUGGUGCUAAUUGUGUCCC